CGCGAGAACCGCCUUGGCUCGUGGGCCCUUUUCAGAAACCCUAUUGAAUAUCACGACCCGGUCACUCCGCGGGGGAUCAUUUGAAGCGGGAAAAAGCUCCAUUUUUGCUUACAAAUGUAGCUCUCUUGAGUUACUGAGGUCGAAUGGGGGGUGCAUCCCCAGGGGUUUGGCUUUUGAUUGCACCCUUCGAGGGACAGGGGCAUAAUACCUUGCAAAGCAGCCUGUUUCCUUUUGGAGGCGAGCUAACAUGGGCCUCGAGUGACUUUCGUGGUCUGGUUAGCAUUCAGGACCAGGCUAAGCCGCUCCCGUGUUUCAAGACAGUUGCUGGUUAUCCUCUCAGUCUCCUCUGUGGGUUCCUUCAUUCUGGCCCUUCAUCUGACCCGUACGUGGCCUCAGCCUCUGGCCACUCGUCCUGGCAGUCCUUCUCUGGAUCCCUUCCCGUUUUUCAGAGAUGCUCCCAAAACGGGUUCCUAAAUAAAGCAGAACUGUUCUACAGUUAGACAGAUUUGAAUUCUAAUUCAGGACUAUGCCAAUUUAAGUAUGCGACUUUGCAUUAAGUCCUUUAACUUCUCUAAGCCUCAGUUUUCUCAUCUGAAAGUGGGGGUAACUGUAUGUCUCUCCAGGGGGUGUGAGGACAAUGGAGAUGAAGGCCACAGAAAGUAUUUCACGUGCUACUUGAUAGUAAGUGAGCACUAUUGAGGUAUGCAAAGAAGGCUUUUCACACAAAUGUCCAUAGAGAUAAUAUGGACCAGUCCGGAGUUCUCCUCUGGGUGAAAACAGAACCCUUUAUAGUGGGCGCCUUGCAGGUGCCCCCACCAUCCAAAUUCAGCCUUCACUAUCUCAGGAAGAUAUCUACCUAUGUACGAACCCGGGCCACAGAGGGAGCUUACCCACGCCUAUACUGGUCUACGUGGAGGCACAUUGCAUGUGGGAAGCUGCAAUUGCCCAAGGAUCUGGCAUGGCUUUACUUUGAAAUAUUUGAUAGUCUGGCAGUGAAGACAUCAGAGGAACGGCUCGAGUGGUCUGAGAUUCUGUCCAACUGUGUGUCUGAGGAUGAAGUCGAAAAGCAGAGAAAUCAGCUUUCAGUGGACACGCUACAGUUUCUGCUCUUCUUAUACAUACAGCAGUUAAACAAGGUCUCCCUGAGGACAUCACUGAUUGGAGAAGAAUGGCCUAGCCCCAGAAAUAGAUCUCAGUCACCUGACCUCACUGAAAAAUCCAGUUGUCAUAAUAAGAACUGGAAUGAUUACAGUCACCAAGCUUUUGUCUGUGAUCAUCUGUCCGAUCUCCUUGAACUGCUUUUAGAUCCAGAACAACUCACUGCAUCAUCUCAUUCAACCCAUACUAGUCUAGUCUCUCGAGAAGCUGUUGUGGCACUCAGCUUCCUUAUUGAAGGUACAGUGAGGAGAGCCAGGAAGAUAUAUCCACUUCAUGAACUUGCACUGUGGCAACCACUGCAUGCACAAAGUGGCUUCUCAAAGAUCUCUAAGACCUUUUCUUUCUACAAGCUGGAAGCCUGGUUGAGAGCCUGCUUGACUGGGAAUCCAUUUGGCACAUCUGCUUGCCUCAAAUCUGGAAAGAAGUUGGCUUGGGCUCACCAAGUUGAAGGGACAACCAAAAGAGCUAAAAUUGCAUGUAAUACUCAUGUGGCCCCUAGGAUGCACCGCAUGUUGGUGAUGAGCCAGGUUUACAAGCAGACAUUAGCCAAAAGCUCAGACACUCUGGUGGGGGCACAUGUGAAGAUUCAUCGUUGCAACGAAUCUUUUAUAUAUUUGCUCUCUCCCUUACGGUCUGUGACAAUUGAGAAGUGUAGGAAUAGCACCUUUGUCUUGGGCCCUGUACAGACUGCUCUUCACCUCCACAGCUGUGACAAUGUUAAAGUCAUUGCUGUUUGCCAUCGUUUGUCCAUUUCUUCUACAGCAGGUUGCAUCUUUCAUAUUCUGACACCUACACGCCCACUUAUUCUUUCUGGGAACCAGACAGUAACUUUUGCCCCUUUUCAUACUCAUUACCCAAUGCUGGAGGAGCAUAUGGCCAGAACUGGCCUUGCUACAGUGCCUAACUAUUGGGACGAUCCAAUGAUUGUAUGUAGAGAGAACAGAGACACAAAUGUCUUCCGGCUCUUACCACCUUGUGAAUUCUAUGUAUUUAUUAUUCCCUUUGAAAUGGAAGGGGACACAACAGAGAUACCUGGGGGUCUUCCACCCACAUAUCAGAAAGCACUAGGUCAAAGAGAACAGAAGAUACAGAUUUGGCAAAAAACUGUGAAGGAGGCUCGUUUGACAAAGGAUCAAAGGAAGCAGUUCCAGGUACUUGUGGAGAACAAGUUUUAUGAGUGGCUGAUUAGUACAGGACAUCGCCAACAGCUGGACAGCCUUGUGCCCCCUGCAGCAGGCUCCAAGCAAGCAGCAGGAUAAGACUCCUAUGUCAAAUCACUGGGCCCUGGAAAUCAGUUGAUGAAAGGAAGAUUGUACCUGAUGAAAGGAAGAGAGUUUCAAGAUAAAUCUUGAAACUAAAUUUGGAAGAUGUUUUUGCUGCUUAAGAGAUUUUGGGACUUGUUCUUUUUAUUUAAGACCUUUUUUUAGACUUUCAUUCCAUACUAAUUUAUUACUAUUUAGGUUGACUUUUAGCUAAACUUCUGAUUGUCAUGUAAACAUAUUAUUUAUAGGACAUCAGAAGACAUCUUUGUGAUGCUAAAUAGAAAAGGUUGAUGAAGGCAGUCUCUGUAUAUAUGUUAAUAUUAAAGUGAGUGUAGAUUUGCAAGUAAACUUCAUGUUUUAAUUCAUAUAAUAAAAGGGUUUCAUGCUUUCUAGAGUUUAAAUAAAAGUUUUAUAGUUUUUAUAACUAUUUAAAAGGAAAUGUUACUCCUUUAAAAAUAAUUGAAAUAAAAGUAUAAUUCAUUGGAAUUUAAAUAUAGAAGAAAUAG